UUGACCUGAUUGGCGCUCCGUAUUGGGAGCUUUCAUGGCUCCUUGUCGCGUUUCGCUUCUGGUAUUUACAUGUGUUGUGAUGGUUCUGUGAUUGCGAGUGGAGCAAAAGGACGAGAAUGAACGAGCACGAGGACUCGCACAAUAUUGCAGUGAAGCGAUUUACAUUUGAAGAAGAAUGUAAAGACGAAUUACGGACACGGAUCACGAUUUCAGUCCCAGAGGUGCUGGAUCCACAGUACGGGAUGUACGUGUGGCCGUGCGCCGUGGUCCUGGCGCAGUACGUCUGGAUGCACAGAGCAGAACUGGAAGGAAAGACGGUGCUCGAGAUUGGCGCUGGGGUGAGCUUGCCAGGUGUUUUGGCCACCAGGUGUGGGGCACAGGUGACGCUGUCGGACAGCGCGGAGCUGCCACACUGCCUGGACAACUGUAGGCGCACCUGCCAGGUGAACCAGCUGUCCGUGCCAGUGGUGGGCAUCACCUGGGGACAGGUGACCUCCAGCCUGCUGGCCCUGCCUGCCCUGGACUUCAUCUUGGGGUCUGACGUCUUCUACGAGCCUGAAGAUUUUGAAGACGUCCUGUUUACAGUCGCUUUCCUCUUGAGGAGAAGCCCCCACGCCCAGUUUUGGACAACCUACCAAGAGAGAAGCGCUGACUGGUCCAUUGAAGCUUUGCUGCACAAGUGGAACCUCAAGUGCGCUGACAUUCCACUAGAGUCAUUCCGAGCAAACACGGAACACCUAGCCGGCUCUAGCCUUCCAGGGAGUCACACGGUACAGAUGAUGAUCAUCUCUCUGAAGGAACCAUGGAAACGAUGACCAAAAUCAGAUAGCAGUUUGGGUGGAGAAAUGAACUUUUGAACUUCUCAAGUUAUGUCCCGUAACUAGAUUUGGUUUUCUUUGGAAAAUACACUUCUGUAAAAUGCACUUAAAAACUUUGUAAAGUCAUAGUUUAUAUUGUGUACACAAAUGUUCCAGUUGCCCCUAGCUGUGGUUUUGUGGUGGCGUUCGUGUCGUACGGACAGGAGGGUCAAUUCUGGCUUUUGGGUGAAGAGGAUCCUUGUGUGGCCUGCCUUAAAGUGGGCGAUUCUGCUCAGACAGAAUUGAUGGGGACACCACUUCCUGGUGUGGGGACCUCAAUUUAUUCUUUUAUCCAUCCCCUUUAUGAAAACAUAGCCUGACAUUAUUAAAUAUGGUAUUUAAAUGAUUUGAACAGAACUGCACGUGCACCACCUAGCUGUGCAGGCAAUGGGAGCAGUGUUCACCGAUGCUGCGUAUUACACAAGCGCUUUUAUUUUUAUCCCGCCGACUCCUCCCACACUUUGUGGGCACUGACCCAGUUAAGCCCUAACGGGGUAGGCCAUCAAGGAUUUUAAGUCCAGUCAUGGAGCAACAGUGGGUUUACCUCAUACUAUCGAAUGGACUAUUUAAAUGGCACCGGUGCGUGACAAAAAUACUUCACUCAAGUCAGACUUUUGCUACAGUAGAGUUCAUUCUAAUGUUGCCAUGAAUAGAAUGCUUUUACUAGUCAAAAGCUAGCCUUAUAUGCAUGUCCUCUUAUAUUCUGCAUAUCUAUGCAGAACAAGCAAAUUACUGCAGUGCUCACUCAGAUCGGAGCCAUGCUUUCCAUGACUUUAUUGUUAUAGGAUAAAUGUAU